AUGCAGCAAGAGGCAAAAGAAGCUGGUGCUGAUGACACCCUUGACAUAUCCAGAUGUGAGCUCUCAGAGGUUCCUUAUGGGGUCUUUGCAACCUGCAAGGUCUUGCAAAAAAAGGUGCUGAUUAUUCAUACCAAUAAUCUGACAUCCUUAGUUCCGAAGUCCUGCAACCUCCUGAGUCUCAUAACUGUGAAGGUUCUGGAUCUGCAUGACAACCAACUGGCAUCACUUCCUGCUGAUAUUGGUCAGCUGACAGCUCUUCAGGUCCUAAACCUUGAAAAGAAUCUUUUAAAAAGCCUUCCACAAUCUAUAGGAGACCUUGCACAGCUCCAGGUCCUCAAUGUGAAAGGGAACAAGCUGAGGGAGCUGCCCGGCAGCGUGAGCGGCCUGCGGAGCCUGCGGGCUCUGGAUGUCAGCGGGAACCAGCUGCAGGAGCUGCCCCGGCUGCUGGCCCACGCCCGCACCCUGCAGACGCUGACCCUGGAUGCCUCUGCCAUGACCUACCCACCCCCUGACAUCUGCAGUGCGGGCACAGAGGCCAUCCAGCAGUUCCUCUGCAAGGAGUGUGGAAUUGCAUACUACCCUCCCUCACAGUACCUGCUCCCCACGCUGGAGAGCGAUGGAGGAGGAACUUCAGUGGAUGGGGUGGACAGGACAGUGCAGAAGUACCUGGACGAGGAGAGUGAGUGGCAGAACAAAUUCUUGGAUUAUGAGAAGAGGAAGGAAAGAAAAACGCAGGAGAAGCUGGAAUUUGAGCGACGCCUGAACAUGGGCCAGCGAGAACAGGCCCUGCUGGUGCAGCAGCUCGGCAGCCACAAGGAUGAGAUCCUGCAGACAGUGAGGGAGGAGCAGCAGAGGCUGGAGCAGGGUCUGUCGAAGCACCAGCGCUGUUUGGAGGAGGAGAGGCUGAAGCUGCUGCAGCAGCUGAAGGACACAGAGCAGGGCAUUGCCAGCCGGAUCCAGAAGCUACUGGAGGAUAACCAGAGGCAAAAACGAAGUUCAGACAUUUUGAAGUCCUUGGAGAAUGAGAGAAUCAGGAUGGAACAGCUGAUGGCAAUAACCCAGGAGGAGACGGAGCAGCUGCGCAGGAGAGAAGUGGCCUCUGCCAUGCAGCAGAUGCUGGCUGAGACCUACAAGAACAAGCUCCUCCAAAUGACCUCUGAGUCUCGUCGGGAGGACCUCGUCAGCCAGGCCUGCUCCAGCCUAGCUGAGAUGGAUCAGAAGUUCCAGCAAAUCCUGGCUUGGCAGCAGCUGGAUCAGAACAAAGCUGUCAGUCAGAUCUUGCAGCAGAUUGAGAUGCAGAAAACUGCCUUUGAAGCUCUCCAGGUGAAGAAGGAUCUUAUGCACAGGCAGAUCAGGAACCAGAUUAAAUUAAUAGAAACAGAGUUAUUGCAGCUGACACAGCUGGAAUUAAAGAGGCAAGAACUGGACACAGAGAUGCUGCAGGAGGCGGUCACGGAGCAGCGCCGGGCGCUCGGCUGCCUCCUGCAGCAGCUGCUCAAGGAGAAGAAGCAAAGGGAGGAAGAACUGCAACAAAUCCUGCUGGAAAUGGAGGCAAAGAGUGAAACCAAGCAGGAGAACUACUGGCUGAUCCAGUACCAGCGCCUGCUGAACCAGAAGCCCCUCUCCCUGAAACUCCAGGAGAAGGGUUUGGAGCAGCAGCUGGUGACCCUGCUGCUGGAGCUCUCUGCUGAGCAGUACGUGCCCAUCUUCGCUCACCACCGAAUAUCCCUGGAAACGCUCGGCACCAUGAGCACCAGUGACCUGGAGAAGCUCGGUGUGACAGAGGCUGGUCUGCAGCGUGCCAUCCUCAGGCGGGCUCAGGAGAUCCUGGCUGUGGCCACGACCAUCCCAGAGCUGCGGAGGGCAGAGGACACCGGGGUCCCUGCGGCCCCAGAGCCCAGCGCUCCCCUGGAGGAGCCCCCAGGCCCCACGGUCCCCACGGCCCCACCGUGGGACGAGAAGAAGUCGGAGUGCGUUGUGUGCAUGGAGCAGGAGCCCCAGAUGAUUUUCCUGCCCUGUGGCCACGUCUGCUGCUGCCAGGGCUGCUGCGAGCGGCUGCACUCGUGUCCCCUGUGCCGCCAGGACAUCGCCCAGCGCAUCCGCAUCUUCCACAGCGCCUAGGCCGGCCCGGGAGGCGCGGCCCCACUCCCGGGCUGUUCCAUUGCUGCUCAUGCCCCUGUGAACAGCCCCUCGGCAGCACGACCAGCACUGCCCUCCCCACACCCCGGAGCCUCAGCAUCCUGCAGCUCCCCGGGGGCUUCUCAGCCCCCAGCUGGGGCUCCUUCAAUGAAUCCCCUCCUGCUGCCUGCCCACCCAGCGUCCCCAUGCCUGGGUGACAGACUGGGCGCAGCUGUGGUGUCCUGUCUGGCUGAGGUGUUUGCUGUCAGAAAGGCCUCUGGGGCUCACAGGGACACGGGGAGUGCUUCCAGCAGUGCUGCUCGGUUGUGAGGGAAUUUCCCAUGGGAGCAUUCGGGCAGGACGUGCUGUUCUUCGUGUACUGACACUGCCUUGCACAUCUGUCAUGCCAAAGGUCUGGGGCUUCUGCUCUGGAGCCCCACAGGAGCGUGUCUGGCUCUGCAGCCUCAGGCAAGGCAGAGCCAGGAGCUCCCCAGCCCCCACUUCCUGCUCAUGUGGGAGGGGAAAGAGCAAUGCUGCCAGGACUGGAGGGACCAGCCCUGGCCAGAGGAGCCCAGUGGGGUCCCCAUCCACAAAUCAGGUAGGGAGCAGAAAGUGCUGCUGCCACUGGACAGCACUGAGGCAGGGCUGGGGCUGUGCCCAGCUCAGGACCACGGUGUGCCUGCACUGGGCUGUGGGGACUGCUCCAUUGUCACUGGUUAGUAACAAUUCCUGUCUGUGCCUCGGCUCUUGACCCUGAAAUAUAAAAAUGCUGCUUCGAGCCCAGUCCACCACAGCCUUCCCCAGGAGCAGCCAUUAAACUGCAGCUGGUUUCUGC